AAAAAAAAAAAAAAAAAAACCCAGCAAAGCAUAACGCCCUCGACUACAACGUGUGUAUAUAACGUUUGUAAUUGUAUACAUAUACGCUCAUACGUCAUUAGCGUACAGCUUUGUUUUAUCACUCCCGCUGGAGCUCUGACGAUUAACCUCUCGAAAUCAAUCAUGGGUUAUGAAAACGAUCCUUACCGUGAUGAGGAUGGCGAGCCAUUGAUGGACUUUGAUGAGGAUAUUCAAUCGGAUGGGGAUGAGCCUCAGCAGCAUUUCCUGGACGAUGAUGUGGGGUAUGAUCGCUCCCCGACUCCAGUGUAUGACGACUCCAAGUCGAAGCCCAGGAAGAGACUGAUUAAAAAAUCUUCAUCUGGUAAUGAAUCCGGUCCAUUGGAUUUUGGGUUGGAUGACGACACAGGUGAUGUUGGCGGGGAUUAUGGUGGUGAAGAGGAUGAAAUUGCUAGGGGAAACUAUUCGGAUGGAGGGAAGAGGAAAAAGGACAGAGGGGAGAAGUUGAAGAGCCUGGAGAAGAAGAGGAAGGGGGAGAGAGUGGAGAAGAAGACAAAGUUGAUGAAGAGUGGAGGAGAGAGAAUGAGGGAUCAGGCAGCCGAUCCCGAGACAAGAGAGAUGUGGGAUACCGUCGCUGGUGGUGAUUCUGAGGAUGAUCAAGAGGGUGUUAGGACUCUGGAUGAUGAUAACUUCAUAGAUGACAGCGGUGUGGACCCUGCUCACCGUUAUGGAAGUGACAAUGAACAUUCUCCAAGUCGCGCCCCGCAGGCAGAAGAAGGAGAUGAGGAUGAAGAAAUUAACGAACUUUUCAAGAUGGGAAAGAAGAAGAAGAAAAAUGAAAAAAGCGCUGCAGAAGUUGCCUUGUUGGUUGAAAAUGUCAUGGCCGAAUUGGAAGUUGUGGCAGAAGAAGAUGCUGAGCUGAAUCGGCAGGGAAAGCCAGCAAUAAAUAAAUUGAGGAAGCUUUCUCUCCUUGAAGAUGUCCUCUCAAAAAAGCAGCUUCAGCAUGAAUUUCUAGAUCAUGGAGUUUUGACGCUCUUAAAGAACUGGCUUGAGCCACUACCUGAUGGAAGCUUGCCCAAUAUAAACAUUCGGGCUGCAGUUCUGAAGAUCCUGAAUGAUUUUCCAAUUGAUUUGGAGCAGUAUGAUAGGAGAGAACAGUUAAAGAAGAGCGGACUUGGGAAGGUCAUUAUGUUUCUGUCAAAAUCUGACGAGGAGACUACAUCCAACAGGAAACUGGCUAAGGAGUUGGUUGAUAAAUGGAGCCGACCAAUUUUCAACAAGAGCACUAGGUUUGAGGACAUGAAGAACUUUGAGGAUGAAAGGGCUUUGAGGAGGCCGCCCACUAAGAAGGUCAGUAAAGCAGCAGGAAUGUCUUCUCAAGAUGAUGACCUUGAUUUGGCCAAACUUUCUCAGGGAUCGAAAUCUGGGCAGUCAUCUUCUAGGCAGCAUGCUUCGAGGCCAGAAGCAAUGUCCAUGGACUUUGUGGUGCGUCCUCAAUCCAAGGUUGAUCCAGAUGAAAUUCGAGCCCGGUCUAAACAGAUGGUUCAAGACCCGCGUCGCGCAAAGAUGAACAAGAAGUUGCAGCAGUUGAAAGCACCAAAGAGAAAGCAACUACAGGCUACUAAGCUGAGUGUCGAGGGUCGUGGCAUGGUGAAAUAUCUUUAAGCCUGAAGCUUGCCUAUUACCAGGGCAAGUGACUGGUAAGCUAAUAAUAAGAUGCUGUAAUGCAUAUAAAGCCAGGAGUAUGACUGGCGGCUCCUAGCUUAUGCCUAAAGUGCAAACUCUGAGGGGUUAUGGUGGGUUUAAGUUUGAGUACCCAUUCUUCCUUUUAAGUUUUCUCUUGUUUUAAAUAAUUACAUGUUUUGCUGUCCUCACUUGGGUUUUUAACUUAAGAACUGUGUUAGAUUAUCCGGCUGAACCAGUUUUCUAUGUGGCUGAGUUAUGUCUAUUUUAAGGCAAAUUUAAAUUGUGUUUUAUGGUCGUUAAUGGGCCAUUUGUUUUGUGGGGUGCAACACUCACGGCCUUUUCAAGAUCAUUGAAUUCAUGAGGCUUGGGUGGUGAAAUAUAUCAGUUACACGGGCGGUGUUUUCGAAACAUGCAAAAAUAAAGCAAUCUUUUNCCUUA